AAACUAAACCAUUCAUCAAUUUGUAUCAAAGUCUCUGAAAAUCCUCUGCCAUCAAAAAAAAAAUCCUCAAAAAACCAAUUAAAUUGAACUAUGGCUUAUUGGUCAGCAGAAAAUGCCACAAAGGCCUAUCUUAGCACUUUGAAAAUGGGUGAAAAAGCUAAAGAACCAAAUGUAGCUGAAUUUAUAUCAGCACUAGCAGCUGGAAACAAUGCACAAAUGAUGAUUGUAGCAUGUGCUAAUGAAGCAGAUUCAACAACACUAGGUUUAGUUGCUGCUGCCAAUCAAACUAGUGGCAAAGUCAUUUGUAUUGUUCCAAAUCAUGAAAAUCUAAUUGCAUCAAAAAAUGUCUUAGGAAUUGCUUCACAUCAAGUUGAAUUCAUGGUUGGAGAAGCUCAAGAAAUACUUGAAUUAGAGCAAUAUGAAUCAGCAGAUUUUUUCCUCAUUGAUUGUAACAUUAAGAAUCAUGAAGAGAUUCUCAAAGCAAUUCAAAAGGGUAGGAAGCAAAAUGGUACAAUUGUUGUGGGGUACAAUGGAUUUAAUUGUAAAGGGUCAUGGUUAUCAUUAUCAUGUGGAUCAAAGACUCGACUUUUGCCUAUUGGAGAAGGGCUUUUGGUGACAAGAUUUGGAAUAAAUGUGAAUAGUCCAAAAUAUGAAACAACAAGUAGAAUGGGAAAAAUUAAAAGUCGUUGGGUAGUCAAAGUUGAUAAAUGCACAGGUGAGGAACAUGUGUUUAGGGUCAGAUUUAAUCACGGGAAAGUUAUUCAAGCUUAAUUAUUAUAUAUUAAUUAUAUAUGUGGUUAGUUCAUUUGUACAAAUUAUUCAAUCAAAGAUUAGAUUAUUAUUAGUUUCAUUUCUUAGCAAAAUGGGGUACUAAAUUUGUUUUUAUUAAAAAGUACUUAGUGUUGGAUUUUAUCAUGUAUAUAUUAGAUUAAUUGAUUUUGAGACUUGUUUGAAUAUUUAUGUUCUAUGUAUGUACAAAUGAUUUUGA